AUGCAGGUCAAAGGCGUAAUCAUUGCUCUUCUGGGCAUCUCUGCCAUUACUGAAGCUGCUGUUGUCCAAAAACGACACCCCCUGGCCCGCGCUCUCCAACGACGACAAUUCGGCGGCGGUCGGUUUGGAGGUGGUGGCCGUGGAGGAGGAGGCGGUGGCGGCAACAAUGGUGGUCAGAACAACGGCCAAGCCAAUAACGGCGGUAACAACGGCGGCAACAACGGCGGCAAUAAUAAUGGAGGUAACAACGGAGGAGGCGGCGGCGGCAACACUCUGGACGCCAACGCCGUGCAAACUGGCUCGCAGCAAGAUGGCAACAACCCCGGAUCGGAUGAGCAAGCUGCCUCUGCAACGGAUAACAACAACUUCAUCAACUUCUGUGCUGGCCAGACACUCACCAAUGGAGAGCAAAACCGGGACGGCUCAUGUAACGGUAUUCCUAUGGGAAAGAUUCCCGGAGCCAACAACAUGGUUUCUUCAGUCUUCACAUCACCUCAAAACGGUGACAACAUUGAAGCCAAUCAAGACUUUGAUAUCUCAGUGCAGUUUAUCAACUUUGCAGCUGGCUCGUUCACUAAUGCAACAACCACCUACUAUUCUGCUCCCCAGGACCUCGACGGUGGUGGUAACAUCAUCGGUCAUACCCACGUCACUGUCCAAGACACUGGCGAUAGUCUGAACCCUACUCAGCCUUUGGACCCUCAGCAGUUUGCCUUCUUCAAGGGUAUCAACGACGCUGGUAACGGCCAAGGUCUCCUGACUGCCAAGGUUGACGGCGGCCUACCUGCCGGUAACUACCGUAUCUGCAGUAUGUCUGCCGCAUCCAACCAUCAGCCUGUCCUCAUGCCUGUUGCUCAGAGAGGAGCACAGGAUGACUGCAUCCGUGUCACCGUUGGUGGUGGCAACGGUGGUAACAACGGCGGUAAUAACGGAGGCAACAACGGAGGCAACAACGGCGGUAAUAACGGAGGCAACAACGGCGGUAAUAACGGAGGCAACAACGGCGGUAAUAACGGAGGCAACAACGGAGGCAACAAUGGAGGUAACAAUGGAGGUCAGGGAGGUCAGGGCGGUAACAAUGGAGGUAACAAUGGAGGUCAAGGUGGUGGCCAGAACGGCGGCAACCAAGGUGGCCAAGGUGGUGGUCAAAAUGGAGGUCAGAAUGGUGGAGACCAAGCAGCUGAUGCCGGUGGUGACCAGAACGCUGGCGGCCAAGGUGGUGACCAGAACGCUGGCGGCCAAGGUGGUGACCAGAACGCUGGCGGCCAAGGUGGUGACCAGAACGCUGGCGGCCAAGGUGGUGAUCAGAACGGAGGCCAAGGUGGUGACCAAAACGGAGGCCAAGGUGGUGACCAAAACGGAGGAGACCAAGCAGCUGAUGCCGGUGGUGACCAGAACGCUGGCGGCCAAGGUGGUGACCAGAAUGCUGGUGGCCAGGGCGGCGAUCAAAACGGAGGUCAGGGAGGUCAGGGCGGCCAAGGCGGUAAUGGAGGUAACCGAGGUGGCUUCGGUGGUGGUGGUUUCGGCCGCGGUGGCUUCGGUGGUUUCCAAGCGGCUUCAGCAGGGGAUGAGUCUGGCAACAAGACGACCUCAGCAGCAUGA